AUGAGGAUUUCACAGAGUCACCAGAAAAGUUAUGCUGAAAACAUGAGAAAAGAGUUGGAAUUUCAAGCUGGAGAUCAUGUCUUCUUGCGGGUUACCUCGAUGACUGGUGUCGGAAGGGCGAUCAAGUCCAAGAAGCUUACUCCAAAGUUUAUUGGGUCGUACCAAAUAACGGAACGAGUUGGGCCAGUGGCAUAUAGGAUUGUGUUGCCGCCUUUCCUAUCCAAUAUCCAUGAUGUACUUCAUGUGUCGCAGUUGCGGAAGUACAUGGCUGAUGAUUCUCAUGUUCUUGAACCUGAUGACAUUCAGCUAAAGGAUGAUCUGACGAUGGUGAUGCCACCCAUCAAGAUCGUCGACAGGAGCACGAAGUGCUUGAGAAACAAGGAGGUGUCCUUGGUGAAGGUCGUGUGGAAUCAAACUACGGGCGACGCGACUUGGGAAUUAGAGGAUAAAAUGCGGGCGUCGCAUCCCGAUUUGUUUGUAAACCCUUAA